GCGCAUCAAUCAUAUGACCGUCAUUAGACUUGAAGAAAAUUGGUUGUUCUGCUUAGGCGUUGACUGCAAAUCUCUUUCCAAUUUUGUAAUUCUGUAAAAUUGUGUGAUUUCUGUGAAUAAUCUUCAAUUAUAACACCGUUGAAUCAAGCUAUUAAACAUGGCUCUCAGCGAUGCAGAUGUUCAAAAACAGAUAAAGCAUAUGAUGGCUUUUAUCGAACAAGAGGCCAACGAAAAAGCAGAAGAAAUCGAUGCUAAAGCUGAAGAAGAAUUCAAUAUUGAAAAGGGUCGUUUAGUACAGCAGCAACGACUUAAAAUUAUGGAAUAUUAUGAAAAGAAAGAAAAACAAGUUGAAUUGCAAAAGAAGAUACAAUCUUCAAAUAUGCUAAAUCAAGCGAGGCUAAAAGUUCUCAAAGUUCGCGAGGAUCAUGUAAGAAAUGUUCUUGACGAAGCCAGAAAACGAUUAGGUGAAAUUACUCAGAAUCCAUCAAAAUAUGGUGAAAUUUUGAAGCUCCUCAUCAUUCAAGGACUUUAUCAACUCAUGGAACCAAAUGUUGUGAUUCGAGUACGUCAAAUGGAUCAAUCACUAGUUGAAUCUUUAUUUAGUGAUAUUCAAAACAUUUAUACCAGUAAAUUUAGAAAUGACAUUGCUCUUAAAGUAGAUACGGACAAUUUUCUUCCAGCCGAAAGUUGCGGAGGAGUUGAGCUCAUUGCUCAUAAAGGACGUAUAAAGAUUUGCAACACUUUAGAAUCGAGAUUAGAGUUGAUUGCUCAGCAAUUGAUCUCAGAGAUCCGCUCCGCUCUCUUUGGAAGCAAUCAAAACCGUAAAUUCACCGAUUAAGCGCAAUAAAAUUGCGUUCAUCUCUUUUCAACAUUCCCCGUUCUAAAAAAAUAGUAGUUUAAAUUAUUAUAUUUGUAAAAAAAGAAGAAUCGAAAAUUGUAUUCCCGUAAAAUUGAUUUUCAAUUUAUUAUUUCAAAUCUAAUUGCCACGUAGUUAAAAAAAGAUGAAUUCUAAUUACGGGAAUAAUAGAUGUAAUAUGAGCAUAUUUUGAAAUUAAAAUACAAUUAUGUUUUUUCCGCUCUGCAAAAAUUUGUAAACAUGCUUUAAUUAAGCAAACACAAAUAUUGUGAAAGUAUAUUAUAUUAUUAUUGGGAAUUAUUUUAAUAAGAUUUUAUGGAUUGUUAAAAAUUUGCAAACUUACCUCAAGAACUUAAUCUUAUAUAUAUUAAAAAAGAAAAAGAGAGAAAUAUACGUGUCUUGCUCGUUUUCAAACGUUGAAUAAUGUUCGUUGUAAUUAUAUUAUAUAUUUAAAAAAAAGAGUAUUUGUGUAGUAUUUUAGAAAUCAUUGUGUCUCUUUGACAAGUGAUUGCUUAUUUGUACAAGACGAAAUAUCACGAAUCUAGAAAACAAUUCUUUGUCAAGAGAAUUAUUAUUAACACACUUAACGUCCUUGUUGAGAAAAAUGCAAUUAAUAAUUAUUGUACAUACGCAUAUGUAAUAUACUUAAAAUGAGCUAAAAAUCGUUCUGAUUAAUAACAAAACAAACAAAAAAAAGUGUGUAAAAUAAACUGUAAAAAAAAUUAAAAGAUAGAUUAAAAGUCCGUUACCUUUUAAUCUACAUUUGAGAUUAAUUUAAUUUUUUCUGAAAGUCUCGACUAAAUAAUGGCAUAUAUAAAUAAUAGUAAUAAAUAGUAGAAUUAAAGUGAA